AUGGCUCCAAAGAUUCAACAAACUAAGGCCGCCAAGGCCGCUGCUGCUUUGGCCGGUGGUAAGAAGGGUAAGAAGAAGUGGAACAAGGGUAAGGUUAAGGAUAAGGCCCAACACGUUGUCAUCUUGGACCAAGACAAGUACGACAGAAUUUUGAAGGAGGUCCCAACCUACAAGUACGUUUCAGUCUCUGUUUUGGUUGACAGAUUGAAGAUUGGUGGUUCCGUUGCCAGAGUUGCCUUGAAGCACUUGGAAAAGGAAGGUAUCAUCACCCCUAUCUCCAAGCACUCCAAGCAAGCUAUUUACACUCGUGCCGAAUAA